GAGCUGGAGGCGGGGCGGGCCGUCUGGAAGCUAGGCUUGGCACCGAGUGGACCCCUUUUGCGCCGUGCUCCCGGCGGGACCCCACCGCUGACGCCGCCGCUGCCCCCGGCCCGCGACCCCGCGGCGCAGCCCAGGCUGCGGAGAGGCUGUCCUCGCUGAGGAGGGCUGGGAGGGCGCGGGCGGCGAGCGGGCGGCCAGCGAGCGGCCUUGACGCCGUCCCUUUCGCCGCCGCUUUCUGCUCGCCUCUCGCCGCCGUGCAUUUCUUCCUUUUCCUUUGUCUCUUCCCCCCUCGUGCGUGUGAGGAUUGUUGAACAAAAGUGCAGCCUCAAGAUGGCUGAUGGCAACGAAGAUCUGCGGGCGGACGACUUGCCGGGGCCAGCCUACGAGGGCUACGAGUCCAUGGAGCUCGCCUGCCCGGCCGAGCGCAGCGGCCACGUAGCGGUGGGCGACGGGCGCCACAUGUUCGUCUGGGGCGGUUACAAGAGUAAUCAAGUCAGAGGACUAUAUGACUUUUAUCUGCCUAGAGAAGAACUAUGGAUCUACAACAUGGAGACUGGAAGAUGGAAAAAAAUUAACACGGAGGGAGAUGUUCCUCCUUCCAUGUCAGGAAGCUGUGCUGUGUGCGUAGACAGGGUGCUCUACUUGUUUGGAGGACACCAUUCAAGAGGCAACACAAAUAAGUUCUACAUGCUGGAUUCAAGGUCUACUGACAGAGUAUUACAGUGGGAAAGGAUUGAAUGCCAAGGAAUUCCUCCAUCAUCAAAGGACAAACUUGGUGUCUGGGUAUAUAAAAACAAGUUAAUAUUUUUUGGAGGUUAUGGAUAUUUACCUGAAGAUAAAGUUUUGGGAACUUUUGAAUUUGAUGAAACAUCUUUUUGGAAUUCAAGCCACCCAAGAGGAUGGAAUGAUCAUGUGCAUAUUUUAGACACUGAAACAUUUAUCUGGAGUCAGCCUAUCACUACUGGUAAAGCACCUUCACCUCGUGCUGCCCAUGCCUGUGCAACUGUUGGAAACAAAGGCUUUGUGUUUGGAGGCAGAUAUCGAGACGCUAGAAUGAAUGAUCUUCACUAUCUUAAUCUGGAUACAUGGGAGUGGAACGAAUUAAUUCCACAAGGCAUAUGCCCGGUGGGCCGAUCUUGGCACUCACUAACACCAGUUUCUUCAGAUCAUCUCUUUCUUUUUGGAGGAUUUACCACUGAUAAACAGCCACUAAGUGAUGCCUGGACUUACUGCAUCAGUAAAAAUGAAUGGAUACAGUUUAAUCAUCCCUAUACUGAAAAACCAAGAUUAUGGCAUACAGCUUGUGCCAGUGACGAAGGAGAAGUAAUUGUUUUUGGUGGAUGUGCCAAUAACCUUCUUGUCCAUCACAGAGCUGCACACAGUAAUGAAAUACUUAUAUUUUCAGUUCAACCAAAAUCUCUUGUAAGGCUAAGCUUAGAAGCAGUCAUUUGCUUUAAGGAAAUGUUAGCCAACUCAUGGAACUGCCUUCCAAAACACUUACUUCACAGUGUUAACCAGAGGUUUGGUAGUAACAACACUUCUGGAUCUUAAGGCUUCAUAGAUCAUGCCUCUGAUCCCCUUGCAUGGACAGCAAUUCUGUAAACAUCAAAGAGUGGCAUCAUUUGUAUAAUUAUAUGCAUUGUUGUAGUUUGCAGCUUUUUGGUUUUAAUGUGCAUGUGAAUGGCCUAGAGAACCUAUUUUUGUGUCUAAAGUUUACAAUAAAUGUAUUUAACACCA